AUGAUGACCGAAGUUCAAACACCGGACAUGUAUCUUGCCCAAGCUCGCGCUUGUGGUAGUGUGCAGGAUUGCAUGAGCAUCUACGACAAAUGGGCUGCUACUUAUAAUGACGAAGUUAUGGAUAAAGCUCAAGAAUAUGUCGCUCCCAGCAUCGUUGCUCAAGUUGCUCUCCGGGUGUCAGACAACUUUGCCCAGAGUGCCAUCUUGGAUGCCGGCUGCGGUACUGGCUUAGUCGGCCAAGCUCUGAGCUUGGCAGGAGCAAAGAUCAUAGAUGGACUUGAUCUAUCAUCUGCUAUGCUCAAAAUUGCAAACGAGACUGGAGUCUAUCGAAGUCUGUCCCAGGCAGACUUGACCCAACCUGUGCAAAAGGAUGAUGAAAUCUAUGAUCUUGUUACAUGUGUUGGUACAUUCACAAACGGCCACGUUGGUCCUGAUCCUGCUAUCAGAGAAUUUGCCCGCUUGACCAAGAAGCAUGGGACGAUCAUUGUUACUGUUUUGGAGGAGUUCUGGGAGGCGGCCAAAUUCAGCGCCGAAGUUGAGAAAUUGGUAGCCGAGAAGCUGGUAGUGGUUGUUGCAAAGGAGCUCAUCGAUUACGUCAAAGGCCACGGCGACAAGGCAAUGCUAGUCAUCCUGAAAAAAGAGUGA